AUGGCCUCCCACCGCAUCGGCGCCCGCCUCGCGGGCCUCUCGGCGGAGCUGCUCCUCGCAAUCAUCAAGGAGCAGGGCCCCUCACGCUCGCAGCUGUGCGCCAUCAUCGAGGCGCAGGCGGGCGCGAGCGACGCCGCGCUACGCGUGGCGGAGGAGCACGCCGCUCGGCUCGUGGAGCAGCACGAGUGGAUCCUCUCCGAGGUCCUCCUCUCGCCGGACCUCGCCCCGCACAUCCUCGCCCAGCUGCCGACCACGGAGCACGCCGUCAAGAAGACGUGCCGCGCGUGGCGCCGCGGCUGGAAGGAGACGCUGAAGAAGCGCGAGAGGCCGCGCCUGCUCGUGUUCGGCGGCCACGGCAGCGAGGGUGAGACUGUCAACUCGCUGGAGCGGUACGACGCGUCCACAAACGAGUGGGCGGAGGAGGCUGUGGCGCCGAUGCUGACGGCACGAGGGGAAGCCCGCAUGGCGGCACUCGACGGCAAGCUGUACGCUGUUGGCGGGUACGACGACGACAGGCUCACCUCGGUGGAGCGGUACGUUCCCGCGACGAACACGUGGGAAGCGGUGGCGCCGAUGGCGGCAGCGCGGCACUCUCACGGCGUAGCGGUGCUCGACGGCAAGCUGUACGCUGUGGGCGGGUACGGCGGCGACGGCGGCACCCUCAGCUCAGUCGAGCGGUACGACCCCGCGCCAAACGCGUGGGAGGCGGUGGCGCCGAUGGCGGCAGGGCGAGCUGUUGUCGGCAUGGCGGUGCUGGACGGCAAGCUCUAUGCUGUCGGAGGCUACAACAACGACGAAGGCUACCUCAGCUCGGUGGAGCGGUACGACCCGACAGAGAACGCGUGGGAGGAGGUGGCGCCGAUGGCGGCGGCGCGGAACUCUCACGCCGUGGCGGUGCUCGACGGCAAGCUGUACGCUGUGGGAGGCCAGAACUACGGCCUCCUCAGCUCGGUCGAGCGGUACGACCCGGCGACGAACGCGUGGGAGGCGGUGGCGCCGAUGGCGGAGGCUCGCGCAAUCCUCGGAGCUGCGGCGCUCGAUGGCAAGCUAUACGCUGUGGGCGGGUACGACGAGGACGAGGCCCUCAGCUCGCUUGAGCGAUACGACCCCGCGACGAACGCGUGGGAGGCGGCUGCGCCGUUGACGACCGCACGAUCUUUUCAUGGCAUCACCGUGGCGUAG